ACACGCAACAAAUGUAAAUUUCACAUAAAGCCAGGCACAAAUUCUUUGUUGUAGAAAUCCACCUAAGUGUUACCAAUGAAAAAAGCUAGAUCUCACUAAUAACUUACAUUGUCUACGAAUAGGAAAAAAGAUCACGUAAAUAUUACAAUAGCCAAGUAAUAUUGUGAAACUCAAUUGGUAGUCAAUGUCAGUUAUUAGUGAGCUCCGACUUAUUACAUUGGUAGCACAGUUUGGUGAAUUUCUGUAACAAAAAAUGUGUGUCUGUUGAAACAGGCCUCAUGUGUUUAAAUUUUUUCUACAUGAAAAAUGAAAUAUUGAAUAUGAAAUGACAUUUAGUUAAAUUAAAAAGAAUAGGCAAGUGGUGAAUUUUUACGUCAUAAAACGAAUCCGGUAUCGAAUGCAGAAAAAAAAAUGCAGAAAAACAAAAAAGCAGAAAAAUUGUUGACCACAAUAGAUUUCACAGUCCGACGCGUAUUUUUUUAAUCUGGCACAUCAGCCGAAUAAGUGCCAAGCGAUAGUUUAGGCCGCCCUGAGUUCAAAUGGGCCAUGGUUUUGGGUAAAGUUGCUUCUGCCGGGAAUUAAUGACUAUAGGUGUUCUUGAUGAAACUUAGUUUUUACACCAGCACUCCGGUAAUUAUUGGUUUUUUACCUAUCUAUUCAAGAAGUAUUUUGUUCAGACGAUCACGCAGAAGCGAUUCUGUACUCUCAAAGCUACAAUAUGUUUCAGAAAAUGGGUUGAAAUGGGUAAAUUUCGUGGAAAAUGAGGAAAAAUGGUCAAAAUUAGUUACUGUAGAUUUGAAUGAACGUGUUAUUUGCGAUGCCACCUACACGAUUCGGGAAACAAGAACAAAAAUCGACAGUCAAAUCAAAAAGCUGCAAUUGAAAGAUAAAAACAGGCCAAGUGCCCUAAAUGUCUUUGAUCGAUCACAACUUCAAGGCGGACAUUUAUCAAAAAGUACCCAAAUUGCGUCAACAUAUCCAUGAUAGAACUUCUAACGCACCUGAAUUACAAGUGAAAAUUACAACAAAACUACGAAACUAUAUUCACUCAAAAUCGAAACGGUAAAAUUGAAAUUUAAUUCGGUAAUUCGACGAAUUACCGUACGUUUUUUGUGUUUACGGUAAAAUGUCGAAUUACCAACAAUGUUAGUAAAAUGGCAUUUUACCAACUUUAGGAAUAUAAUAUCGGCGAUUUGCCGAACUCACACACAACAUUCGGUAAUUUUAAAUUCAUUGGAAAAACCUCUAAUUGACCAUUCAGAGAGCGACGAAACACACAUAAUUCUUCAUCAAAAUGAAUUGAGAAGUAAAACUUAUUGAUUUUUUUUAAAAUUUUAUACCAAUCGAACACACUAUUUUCUCCAAUCGAAUGUUUAUGAAUAGUGAACACUGAAUUGAACUAGAAAUUCAAAUGACACAUUUGUUGGCCGUUCUAUAAUGCUACCAACUCAUUUUCGCGAAGAAUCAAUCAGUAGUACCUUACUAUCUUUUUCAAAAAAAAAUAGUAUGCUGCAAAAUACUUGAAUUUAAGUGAAAUUCAGAUGAAAUAAAAUUAUUUUAUUAAAAAAUAGUUCGAAAGGUCCUUAAACUGAUGAUCUCAGCUAUUCGUGAUCAUCGAAAUAAUUUUACAAUUCACCGGGACUUUGCUUUGGCUUUGAUUUUGAUUUUUUGAAAUUGUAUUCUUCUUGGGUAGAGAUUUUAUUCAGAACACGAGUUAUCCAAUGACGGUGGAAUUCGGUGCAUAUGAAUUUCAUAUUAGAUUGAUCAAUUAAAAUUGACUUUAAAGUUUUGAUUUGUUCAAAGCAGAGCAGAACUUAAAUUAUUCUUGCACAUCUUGUUUGGAUAUUUGUUUCGCGGAAUAUCUCAAAAUUGGCAUUCCUGGAAAAAAUAGCACAUAUUUUAUUAAAUUGGAAACCUGCAAAUAGUUUCUUUACGUUCCAUUUAUUUACUUUGUACUACAAUUUAUAUUUAAAAAAAAACGAUUUCUUUCUGUAAAUCGCCGAAAUUUCAAACAAAAUUUGAUGAAAUGUGAAAAUCAGUAUAAAUCAAUAAGCAAGUCAAAAAAUCAGUAUUGGCCAAAAAUUGGCCAAAAAUCGGUACGGUUCGUAGCAUUACGUCUGACACUCAUUUUUGCUUGAAAUGCGUUGCUUGUGUAAAGUUUUAAAAUCCAAAAUUUCAAAUGACAUUUGAUGUGGAGACAAUUGUCAGUCAGUACCGGCUAUCACGCGAGUUUACUUCAACAUUUUAGUUCUCGGUUUUUUUUUUGGUGCAAUGGCAUUCUUUUGUCCAUAUCGUUCUACAACUUCGAGAUCUACGAUAGUCUGUCCAACUCGUAUGUGUAAGAACGACAACAUACGCCUACACAUCAAGUGCCUAAUUUCGGGCAGAACUUCGACUGAAAGAGAAAAGAAACAAUGUCGGAGUUUCAGAAAUCAGCCAGGCGCAGUGUACUUAAUGGACUCGCUCUUGUAAUUGAAAACCCUUUGCUUAAAUUCUAUCGUAGCCAAUUUAACACGAAGGCAACAAUUGGAUACAUACGAUGUUUUAGAAGUUGCCGAAGUAUUGAUUUGGAUAAAGACAUAGAAAUCGCACAGGUUGGCCUUGUUGAAAUACUUGGAAUGAUUCUUCAACUCAGACAAACUUUGCCACCCACAAAACAAAACUAAACACACAUUUCUCUUCAGUCGAUUUGGAAUUCUGUGUCGGCCAAUCGGAAAAGUAAUUCUAGAUUUUCUAUUACAUUUUAAGUAAAACUAAUAACUCAAUAGACAACAAGAUGGUUCUGCUAAGCAACAAAGAUUUUCUAGCGCAAUUAGUCCUGUUGAUCCAUAAUGCAAAUAGUAAAUCGGUCCCGCUUUCGCUGACUCUAAAACGAUACGAUGGCCACGAUCGACCAAAACCACGUGAAGGACGACCUCCUCUGCCACUUCCCGACGAAUACAAAUGUUUGAUCCGUGCAAAAGCAUCUUCAAAGAAGCUAUCAACAGUUGUGUCACAGGAUGACGUACCAAAAGUGAUGGAAGAAUAUAGUAAAAUCUCGAAAAACGGCAUGGACAAUCUCAAGAAAGUGAAACGGAAUCGAAACAAAACAAAAGCAGCUCAAGGCAUAUAAGAUCGAACACUAUCAAUAUUGCAUUCAAAACACUUAAAUCACAAAAAAACAACAACAAACAACAAGGAUAACAUGUGGAUUUUAUGAAAAAAAACAAACAAUUAUUUCUUUUAUUGAAACAAAGAAAACGAAACCGCGAACCGAACACAUCAUUCUGCAUUCGAUCAUUUCCUUUCUUUUUUUAUUUUUUACCGAAUUCCAUAAAAUGGACGUAUGAAAUAAAAACAAACAAAAAUUAUUGUAUGAACGAGGUUGUUUCUGUAAUGCGACAAAUCAAUGGGUAUGGGGCGAUAUAAAAUAUCAAUAUUUCAACCGUUUUAGAUUCCAUUUUCGAAAUGUAGAGUUUUCUUCUUUCUCGAUAUGCCGUCCAUUGAGAGAGCAAUCCAAUUGAGUAUACUAGAUCAAUUCCAAUUUUCGUCUGCGAACACCGAUUGCAAUUGAAACCAAUGUUUACAGUAAUUGUAUAUAAUUUCAAAUACUCUUUAUUAAAAAUGUGUUUGAUUUGCAAUUUAUUUAUCUAGCAAAACAAAGAAUAAAUUAAAAUAACGUAAAUCAAGUAAUGGAUACUCUGACACAAAAUCCAAUUCGUUUUCAAUGUCAUGAAACUGAAAGCUUAUUAUUUGUUUGUUUAAUUUCUGUUUGGAGAUGCUAAAUAAUAUUGCAUUUGACAGUAAAUUGUGAAUGUUAGUUACAUGUGCACGCACUCAAUUCCAUUCAAAAUCUUGUUCGUUUUCGUUUAUAUAUUAUAAUAUUCAUACAUCACAAAGCAGUACAUAAAAUCUACAGAAUCGAUUUGCAACAAAACAUCGAUGUUUAUGAAAA